CCCCCCAGGUACCACGCUACGUCCGAGUCAAUACCCUGAAGACUCGUGUGGACGAUGUGAUUGACUUCUUCAAGCGCCAGGGCUAUUCCUACCUGGGCCAGGCAGCCAAUAUGGAGGAUCUGAGGGCCCUUUCCGGGAAGAAAUUCUUGUUGGAUCUUCAUCUCCCGGAGCUGCUGGUUUUCCCUCCGCAGACGGACUUCCACGACAACCUGCUGUACACUUCAGGACACAUAAUUCUGCAGGACAAGCAUCAGGCAUGCCCCGAGGAGGGGCUGGGGGUGCCUGCUGCGCAGACCUUCCAUGUGAUCGAUGCCGGCGCUGCCCCUGGGAACAAGACCAGCCACCUGGCUGCCAUCCUGAAGAACAAGGGCCAGAUCUUUGCCUUUGACGUGGACACCAAGCGCCUGGCCACCAUGAACACCAUGCUGAUGCGGGCUGGGGUCACGGGCUUCCAGCUGGCCCAGCAGGACGUCCUGACUGUGGACCCCGAAGACCGGAUGGUGACCCGGGUGCCGAGGGAGGAAGCUGCCCCCAGCGCUGAGCGGCUGCAGGCACUGGCUGGCUUCCAGCGCAAGGUCCUGAGCCACGCGCUGAGCUUCCCGGCUCUCCAGCGCCUGGUCUACUCCACCUGCUCGCUGCACCAGGAGGAGAAUGAGGACGUGGUGCAUGCGGUGCUGCAGGAGCGGGGCUCGGCCUUCAG